AUGGGGGUGGCGGUGCUGAGCGGGCUGGCCUUGGUCUUGGCCUUGGCACUGCCUUCCGUGGCCCUGGAGAACGGGCUGGCGCUCACCCCCCCCAUGGGCUGGCUGGCCUGGGAGAGGUUCCGCUGCAACGUGGACUGCGGGGCGGACCCCCGCAACUGCAUCAGCGAGACGCUCUUCUUCGAGAUGGCAGACCGCCUGGCAGAGGAUGGCUGGAGGGAGCUGGGCUACAAGUACAUCAACAUUGACGACUGCUGGUCUGCCAAGCAGCGGGAUGCGGCGGGACGGCUGGUUCCCGACCCCAAGAGGUUUCCCAGGGGGAUUAAGGCUCUGGCUGACUAUGUCCACGCCCGGGGCCUGAAGCUGGGCAUUUACGGUGACCUAGGCACCCUCACUUGUGGGGGCUACCCGGGCACCACGCUGGACCGCGUGGAGCAGGACGCCCAGACCUUUGCGGAGUGGGGUGUGGACAUGCUGAAGCUGGAUGGGUGCUACUCGUCGGGAGAGGAGCAGGCGGAGGGCUACCCAGAAAUGGCGAGGGCCUUGAACGCCACAGGCCGCCCCAUCAUCUACUCCUGCAGCUGGCCAGCGUAUCAGGGGGGGCUCCCCCCCAAGGUGAACUACACUGUCCUGGCAGAGGUCUGCAACUUGUGGCGUAACUACGACGACAUCCAGGACUCCUGGGACAGCGUGCUUUCCAUCCUGGACUGGUUCUCUGCAAACCAGGACGUGCUGCAGCCGGCGGCUGGCCCCGGCCACUGGAAUGACCCGGACAUGCUCAUCAUUGGAAACUUUGGCCUUAGCUACGAGCAGUCACGCUCCCAAAUGGCCUUGUGGACGGUGAUGGCAGCUCCACUCCUCAUGUCCACGGAUCUCCGCACCAUCUCCCCGAGCGCCAAGGAGAUCCUGCAGAACCGCCUGAUGAUCCAGAUCAACCAGGACCCCCUGGGAAUCCAGGGGCGCAGGAUUGUCAAGGAGAAAUCCCACAUCGAGGUGUUCCUGCGCCCGCUGUCCCAGGCUGCCAGCGCCCUCGUCUUCUUCAGCCGGAGGACAGAUAUGCCCUUCCUCUACACUACCAGCCUGGCCAAGCUCCACUUCCCUGAGGAUGCCAUGUACGAGGUACAAGACGUGUACAGCGGGAAGAUCAUCAGCGGCUUAAAGACAGGAGACAACUUCUCGGUUGUUAUUAACCCCUCGGGGGUGGUGAUGUGGUAUCUCUAUCCCACGGUGCUCCCAGCACAGCCCUGGCACGUUGUCAGACAGCAAGCCCCCGGCGAGGGUUUCCGCCCGGUCCUCUUGUGACGAGGCUCAGCAGAUGGGGGUGUGGAUCAGUGCCGGGGUGAGCUGCAAGACCCUGAGGCACCUGGGUCUUCACUGCGCAAGUGCCUUUCGCUGGCGUGCCCAGCAGUGCUGGGAAGUGACCGUUCCUCUGGUACCAGCUUGAUGAUGUCUACUCAGUCUGCAUAAAGCAGGAAUUCUUGUUACCCACCUCCUAAGGGUGUGCAGAGCAUAAUUCCUUGGUGAUUGCAAAGCCCUUCGAGAUCCUCCUGUGGAAGAUGCCAUACAAGCAGAGUCCAGCCACUGUUUGAGUUUCUCAGCUCUGACUCCUGAGCACUUCACUGCUUUGAGCUGGGUACCACUGACCGCUGCAGGGGCUGGUUGAACUAUACCUGUGGAAAGGCUUUGGAUGAUUUAAUAUCUUCUAGGGUAGUGACCCCCCCCAUGUGUGAGGGCAUUAGCCUCAAGGAUCAGACCUGGUCACCUUCUUUCCUUUGCUAUAAUCAAUCAGCUUGGCUUAGACUAAGGGGCUGUCAAUAGGGCUACACCCUUCCCAUGUACCCUCCCUGGGACCAAGAGCUCCUGGAGGCAUGACGGUCCUGUGCAGAGAGGCUUUGCUUGCAGGCCUGAUCCUGCUGCCAGGAUCCUGGAGGCCAGCACUACUACAGCCUAGCAUGCAUUCUAGCAGUGUGUUAAAGCCCCUCUGGUAUCACUUUACAGCUGAGCAGAGCAAAAACCUCCACUGGCCAUGCACAACCCCAGCAGCCUUGCUGUGGUACAGCACCAAAACCUCCAGAGCCAUAGUGUGUUGUGCAUGAGUGCUGUCGGGAAGAUGCCGAUGCUCCGUUAAGGUCUUUUGGGUCUUCUUUUGAGUUGGGAGAUGGUCACAUGUGCCUCUGAGCUGCAAGUUGCAUCCUGUUCUGGCUCUAGCAGGAAAUUCCUGCUAAAAGGGGGCUCAGGCCCUCCUCCAGCAGGCUGAACACUCAGGGUUUCUCAGGGAAAGGCUCCUCCUUCUCCCAAGGGCAGCUACAUUCACAGCUCCAUCCCAAGGAGGAGCCUGCACUGAGUGGCAGGAUAGACUCUAAAGCCCUCAGCUGCUUCACCUUCAUACAGCGCACAUCCUGUGGAGGAGUUUUAGGUGAGACAUGGCCUACCCUGACUGCCCCAGAGAGGGGUGCAGCAUUCGUGAAGAUUGCCUCUUAAGAUUGCAGCCCAGGGAGACCGACACAAGAUUAAGCCUCAGACUGGGGAAAUACCACAUUUUAGAUUAGGCAAAAAAAAAAAAAAAGUUUCCCCUUUCUAUGCAAUGCUGGAGGGUUCCUGGUUGCCCGCCCACUCUGGUUCCUGCAGGACCAAAUGGCUGAUUCUGGCCACUUCCAGAAACUUCCUCUGAGUGCAGCAGCAAGAUACAUGAACACAAUGCUUUGAGCGUGCUAACAAGAAAGGAUGAGUGCACUUCAUGUCUGUACACAGGAGCUGGCUUUGUUCUUGGGGAGUGAUUGAGACAAAUUAAUUGAAAUAAAGGGGAAGCGGGUC